UAAAAUGACUGGACUAGAUCUGAAACCAACAAACAGCCAUCGGUUAGCAAGCGUAGUUCUCCAGUUUUAAAGACGAAAACAUGGUGUCUGCUGCGGUGGUCUUUCUUUUAACUAUCAGUUCUGUCUGUGGAGAAGCUGCAGCAAGGAAACUAGAAUAUGUGACUGUGUUGUUUCGGCAUGGUGACAGGUCUCCAGUCAAAGCCUACCCUACCGACCCACACCAAGAGAGCAGCUGGCCACAAGGGUUUGGACAGCUUUCACAGAUGGGGAUGCAGGAGCAGUUUGGUCUGGGCCAGUUUCUGAGGAAACGAUACAAAGGAUUCCUUAACGACUUCUAUGAUAGACAUGAGAUCUACAUUCGCAGCACAGACCAGGAUCGCACCCUGAUGAGCGCCGAGGCCAACCUUGCAGGUCUCUACCCGCCCACUGGUCACCAGGUCUUUAAAGAAAACUUGAUGUGGCAGCCAAUCCCUGUACACACAGUGUCGCAAAGUGAAGAGAGGCUACUCUCUUUUCCUUUGGGUGACUGUCCUCGCUACGAACAGUUGAUGAACGAAACUAAACGCACAGAGGAAUUUAUUAAUGUCACCAAUACAUACCAGGAUAUUAUAGAGCUGGUGAAGAAGAAAACCGGAUUGAAUGAGAUUAAUGUGGAAUCAGUCUGGAGCGUGUAUGACACACUCUUCUGUGAGUCCCGUCACAACAUGUCCGCUCCUGACUGGGUGACUCCUGAUGUCAUGGAGAAGCUCAGUGUGCUCAACGACUUUAGUAUUCAGGUUAAAUUUGGGGUCUACAAGCAACAAGACAAGAGCCGGCUGCAGGGAGGUAUCCUGCUGGGUGAAAUAGUAAAGAAUCUUUCCAAGAUGUCCGUCCCAGACCCGAAACAGAGACUGAAAAUGAUGAUGCUAUCAGCGCAUGACACCACUGUAGUCGCUCUUCAGGCCAGCUUGAAUGUGUUCAAUGGAAUUGAGCCGCCAUUUGCCUCCUGUCAAAUAUUUGAGCUGUACAGGAACAAUGACAGCUCUGUUUCAGUGUCAAUGUUCUACCGAAAUGACAGCACAGUGGAGCCGUACCCUCUGCAGUUACCAGGCUGCUCCCUUGACUGCCCCCUAGAUGAGUUUAUGAGAAUUACAAAGUUCUCUAUUCCAGAAGACAGGGACAAAGAGUGUCAAGUACAUUCUGAAGGCAGAGAUAAAGGUAAACACCAAACCAGGGGCGUUUCUAGGACUUGAGGAGGUUCGGGGCUUGGCCCAGACCCAUUUAAAUAGACAAAU